GCAUUGGCGUGUGGAAGAACAGAGCCUGGCUACUGAUGCUGGAGAGUAAGGAAAUGCUGCUACUCCAGAAGAGCGGGCAGGUAUCUUGGCCACUUCGAUGCCCCAGCCAAAGAGUGACCAGCACCAACAUCCUGGAGUCACCCAUCCAUCGGCAACUGCACAAGGAGGCAAGGUGGCUUCUUCUCUCCUUCCUUGCCCUCGCUGUGGUUCACGGCUGCUCCAUUGGCCUUCCCAGUUGGCUCUGGGCUGCUCGGCUGGGGCUUGAACGCCUGAGGAGGGUGUGCCACGCUUGCUGCGCCAGAGCCGUUUGCUGGCAGACAGGCUCUGGCUGGGGCAGCUGUCCUGCUGCUGGCCAGCCCGCAGUGACUUGCUAGUACUGGUGGCUAGUAGUUGCUUUUUAAUUUGGAUUCCUGUGCCUCCUUUCUAUUUUUAGGGGAGAGCAAGGGCUACUCUUUGUCCCUGCUUGCUUUUGCUUCUUUGGCUUGUUCUCUAAUAGCUAUUGCAGCUUCCCUGCAGCCUGCGGUGACUACAAAUUUGAGCUGAAUUAAUCCCAGACAGAGGCUCAGUCCGAGGCAAACUUUCCUUCCAAAAUGUUCAGUCUGAAAAGACAUGAAAGAAAGACGGGCUUGCCACCUACCCUCCCCGCGCCUGUCUCAGCCCCAGCAAAGGUUUGUUCUCUUCCUUCAAGGAGGACUGAGAGGCCCUUAGUGCUAUGCUGGGCACUGACCAGGCAGGCAUUGAAGGGCGACUCUGUCUGCCAGACCUCAGUGAGCAGACAAACAGCAAGCAGCACAGACUGGCACUGACAGGUUUUGCUUGCUGCCCUGGAAGCGGCCCUUGGUUGCAGUAGAGGUGUUGCUGCUCCUUCCCCAGCUGGCCCAGGCUGCUGGCCCUGCUCAAACCCUCAGCUUGCCCUCGUGCAACCCUGUGCUGGCCGUGUCUCAUACUGUUCGGUUAUCCCUCUCCAUGUCUCCUAGAAGAAUCAAGAUUUCAGCUUUGGUUUCUCGCUGUUUCCUUUCCCAAAGACUCUUAUUUCAGUGUCCUGCCCCUUUGUGCUGAGGUCUGGUUUUGUGCUGCUUGGCUAAGGUCAGCAUCUGCUGACACAGUCCCUACCCAAGGGGACUUCCUGAUACUGGAUAAUGCAGUUGAAGGCCCCAGACCCUCUCUGAGAAGGGCUGAGUGUUAGAUCCCAAAGCAGCCACUCCAAAACCAAACAUAAAGAAACUAACUGCCUUCCUCUUCAAGUCUGAGUCUACAUAUGCAGGUAUUUCCCGUAAAGAAAGUGGUAGAGCUACACUGUGAUGGGGACCACAGCAGGAGCUGCCUCCUCCAAGGAGCAUCAUGGUCGGUGUCCCUGGCAAGAGCUUUCCUCUGCCUUUGGAUGCUGCUGCUUCUUUGACUUGUGACCAACAGAGAGGUCCUUCCAGCCCUACUCCUGCGACAGGACUAAUAACUGAAAUAAUUAGAAGGAGCAAGCCGUGGUGCUCACAGUCUCCUACCUGCUGGUCUGCAAAUUGGGACUUCACCACACUGAGCUGCUUCCCAAUGCAGCAAAUCUCGCUGACUACCAUUGACUGUGACGACCACUUCACCACCCCAGAGAAAUCUAGAGGACUAAGUACUGGGAGUGGAUGGAGGCAAUGAAGGUUAUGGAAGUGGAGCAGAAUAGCCAGUCUCAGGGAGACGAGCUGGGAGGACCAACAUUGGUGUUUCGGCUGCUGCAGGUGGGCCAGGCUUCUGUGCACAUUGAGCAUCCGUGUUCAGAUGUGGCUCCAUCCUGGUGCUGUGCAGAGCACUGUGUCCAUCUCUCUCUGUGAUUCCCGGUGAAGCCUGAGAGGCAGCCUGGCUCCUGGAGGAUGGAAGGUGCUGUAAUAAAUGCAAGUACUGAAAUGGCAGCCUCCUUCCCAAGGAAGAACAUUCCUCGCCUUCCCCUCAUUUGGCCUGGCAGCUCACCCAGCUGUGUGCAGCUGUGCACUCUCCCAGCAGCAGAAAGGCCAAAGUUCACUCUUCCUGAGCAAGGAUUGAUGCCUUGAGCCUGAGCCUGACCAGCAGCCACCAAUAUGGAGAGGCAAGGGGUAAACCAGACCCUGUAUUUAAGGCCACCCUUGGACCCACACUUUCAUCAGCACCAUCACUCCAGCACUGAACUUGAGAGGCUUCCAUGCAAACAAAACUGUAAGGAGACCAUGCUAGAACCUAUUGUGCAGGGCGAUGUUGGGUCCGAGAGUGAAGAAAAGCCCAUUGCAAAUGGAUGGCCAAGGGCCUGCUAGGUGUUCUCCAGCUCUGUGACCCUUCCAGACUCCGGUGACAGACAUGGGCACUCAGCAGAACCUCUGCCAGUCGGUCUAUCAGAGCAGUGAUGCAUAGACCAGGAGAUGUAUGCACGAAGUCAUCAAGGCCUUUGAAACUGUGGCCACAACAGACCGUUCAAAAGGUGGCAAGAGAGAGUGAAAAUUUCCCCAGGCAACUUUUCACAGGUACCAGCCACAGAGUUGACAAGGAAAGCUUUUAAAGCACAAUGAAAUUUACCGUGGGCACUGCACCCUGCAGAGGAAACUCCAGCCAUCUGGAGAUGAGGAUGACCAGCGGCCACAGCAGUCUGCAAAACCUCAAGAGCUGCCAAAAUUAAACUGUGAAGUCAGGCAGGAAGGCAACCAAUGAUGAGUGAGAUCAGAAGUUCAGAGAUGCCCCAGAUGAGCUCCAAACAACAAGUGUGGCCGUCAUACACCAACAUUUAUUAAGGAUGUUGAGAGGAGGGGAAAAUAUCUGUGCAGAAGAUGCCCAGCUGGUGAGGAGGGACUGGUGGUGAUGCUCAGGUCACUUGAUGAAUCCCAUUGGCCAAGUCCUUGUGAGAUCCCACCCAUUCGCAAGUGUAAAAUAAAUCUGUAAAGUUGUACCUCGUGUACCACUUGACCUUAUUGCUUUUAGCCUACUAGCUUUAAAUCUAUUUAUUUAUUUUAUUUUGGUUUGUACCUGAAGAGGGGCUCAAAGGAAAUGAAUUUUGAACCGGCACCUUUCACCACCUUGCAGUACUACCCUGAUCCCUGCAUCCAGCGGUUUGUAGAAACUCCGAGCCACUUCUCCUGGAAGGAGAGUUACUACCGAUCAGCCAUGUCCCAGAGCUCACAGCCCAGGGAAUUCCUCAGCCCAGAGGUGCUCCAGCAUAUCUGGGACUUCCUGGAACAGCCAAUAUGCUCAGUUCAGCCCAUCGAUCUAAACUUCAUCGAUGACCCAUCUGAAAAUGGACCUACAAACAAAAUAGAGAUUAGUAUGGACUGUGUCCGGGUGCAGGACACUGACCUGAAUGACCCAAUGUGGCCGCAGUAUACAAACCUGGGGCUCCUGAACAGCAUGGACCAGCAGAUCCAGAAUGGCUCUUCUUCCACCAGCCCCUACAACACAGAGCACGCACAGAACAGCGUCACGGCCCCCUCGCCUUAUGCCCAGCCCAGCUCGACUUUUGAUGCCCUUUCACCCUCCCCAGCCAUCCCUUCCAACACAGACUACCCAGGACCUCACAGCUUUGAUGUAUCAUUUCAACAGUCCAGCACAGCAAAGUCAGCGACGUGGACGUAUUCCACCGAACUGAAAAAGCUGUACUGCCAGAUUGCCAAGACGUGUCCCAUCCAGAUCAAAGUGAUGACCCCCCCGCCUCAGGGAGCUGUCAUCAGGGCUAUGCCAGUCUACAAGAAAGCCGAACAUGUCACUGAAGUGGUCAAACGCUGCCCAAACCAUGAGCUGAGCCGGGAGUUCAAUGAGGGGCAGAUUGCACCUCCCAGCCACCUGAUCAGGGUGGAAGGGAACAGCCAUGCCCAGUAUGUAGAAGACCCCAUCACCGGGAGGCAGAGCGUGCUGGUCCCCUAUGAACCACCUCAGGUUGGUACAGAAUUCACAACAGUCUUGUACAACUUCAUGUGUAACAGUAGCUGCGUGGGAGGGAUGAACCGUCGCCCGAUUCUCAUCAUUGUGACACUGGAAACCAGAGACGGGCAAGUCUUGGGCCGCCGAUGUUUCGAAGCCCGCAUUUGCGCUUGCCCAGGCAGAGAUCGCAAAGCAGAUGAGGACAGCAUCCGCAAGCAACAAGUCUCUGACAGCACAAAGAAUGGUGAUGGUACGAAGCGCCCUUUUCGACAAGGAACUCAUGGCAUACAGAUGACAUCUAUCAAAAAAAGACGUUCCCCAGAUGAUGAGCUCUUAUACUUGCCGGUGAGGGGACGGGAGACGUAUGAAAUGCUGCUAAAGAUCAAAGAGUCCCUGGAACUAAUGCAGUACCUUCCCCAGCACACAAUUGAGACCUACCGGCAGCAGCAGCAACAGCAGCACCAGCACUUGCUCCAGAAGCAGACCUCCAUGCAGUCGCAGUCAUCCUAUGGCUCCAACUCUCCACCACUCAGCAAAAUGAACAGCAUGAACAAGCUGCCCUCGGUCAGCCAGCUAAUUAACCCUCAGCAGCGCAAUGCCCUGACCCCAACCACCAUCCCCGACAGCAUGGGAACCAACAUUCCCAUGAUGGGCACCCACAUGGCCAUGACCAGCGACAUGAAUGGCCUCAGCCCCACGCAGGCGCUGCCUCCUCCCCUCUCCAUGCCUUCGACAUCCCACUGCACACCCCCUCCUCCAUACCCCACAGACUGCAGCAUCGUCAGCUUCUUAGCGAGGUUGGGCUGCUCAUCCUGUGUGGAUUAUUUCACGACCCAGGGGCUGACCACCAUCUAUCAGAUUGAGCAUUACUCCAUGGAUGAUCUGGUGAGCCUCAAGAUCCCAGAGCAAUUCCGCCAUGCCAUCUGGAAGGGCAUCCUGGACCACCGGCAGCUUCAUGAUUUCUCUUCCCCUCCCCACCUCCUGCGCACCCCCAGCGGCGCCUCCACUGUCAGCGUGGGCUCCAGUGAAACCCGAGGCGAGCGAGUCAUUGACGCAGUCCGCUUCACGCUCCGGCAGACCAUUUCCUUCCCACCCCGUGAUGAGUGGAAUGACUUCAACUUUGAUAUGGAUGCCCGGCGCAACAAACAGCAACGCAUCAAGGAGGAAGGGGAGUGAGCUCCAAAGACCCCACUCCACCCCGCCUCGGCCAUAAACUGCUCAGCCCUUCAUUUGUCUUCCUUCUGCUUGAUACUACACUCCUGGACAAAGGGCAGAGGGAGUCCUUUUGCUCACUCUUGCUAGUUAUGCCCUUGAUGCUGUAUAGGUCAUGAUCCUAGACUGCGACCUCCACUCCUCCUCUUCCAAGGGGAAGAGCUGAGUGAAGGGGGAAGGCGGGUGGUAUUUCCUUGAAAGCCAUUAACCUUCUUUAGAAGGCAUUGUUCUUGUUUCGUAUUUUCCUUUGGGGAGAGGGCUUCUUUUCUUGACUUUUGAAUCCUCAUACAGCUUGUGGUUGUCCUGAUCUACAAACUUGUUUCUCUCAUCCAGUGAUCCUGCUUUGAAAAGCAGGAAGGUUAAAAUAAACUUUCAAAAAGCCAAACCUCCAGCCAACCCAAAAACCAAAGGCAAUGAGCCUAAAGCCACCAAAUCUUGAACUGGUAGCUCAUCCAAAAAAAUAAAUGGGAAUCGGUCUGCUGAAGGAUGACCUUAAACAGCCUCUUCCCACAGAGCUGUGUGCUCUGUUCAUGUGUAAUAUUCUCCAGCAGAAACAGCACAUGCACUUUGCUGGGCAGGCCAAUGCUUAUGGCCACCUGCAACCUACUUUUUCCUUUUCCUUCACCUUCUCUUGGAAAACACAAACCUCCUGUCUCUUCUCAUUUUGAAUUUACAUUCAUGUGUAUGUCCUGGUUUGCUUGUUUCAGGAUAGAAACACAAAUACAACCAUUGGUCACUCUUGACUUCUGUCCACUACCCAGCCUUUAGCCAUUCUGUGCUACUGCUAACAUUUAAGCUAGAGAAUUGGGCUUUUCCACAUAUGCAGCCUGGAUAGUUUAGCGUAAGGAUUGCCUGCCUAGGCUCCAGUUGAACAGAGUACCAACUGAGAGCUGCACACCGAUUUGUAGGGCUUCAGCUACCCUAAAUCCAGACAAUAUUUUAUUUAGACCAUGCUAGAUUGGUUUCCCACCAAGUAAAGUGGAACUGUCUUUAGAUAUAUCUGUAAUAAGCUGGAGCCUGUUGUCAUUUGUUGCUGGUGACUAUAGACUAAGUGAUGAGCAGCCAGAAGUAGAGAGUAGAAAGAGAAAUUUCCAGCUGCCUUGGAACAAGGACCAGUUCCUGGUAAUAUGAGUGUUGCUACUGCAAAAAGUCAUGUUUACGUGAGAAAUUGAUUUUUCUCUGUUUUUUUUUUUUUCUUUAUUGGUUUGACAGCAGCUGUGCUCUGAGGCGUUUCCUCUGACUGCCAGUGAUCCUGUGGACAAGUAACUAACUAGAGUGCCUGUUUCCACAUUUAUAUUGACCAAGGUACUGAGACUCCAACCUGUACAAAAUAUCUCUAAACAGAGGAGCUGGGCUCAGCACAGCUGCUUUUAAGUUGCCUUGCUCUUCUUAACAGUAAGCCUGACAUUUUUUGGUUGGGAAAAGAUGCAAAAAGCAACUUGAUGUGACAUCCUACGUUGCUGCAACCAAAUAAUCCACUUUCAAUGCAGUGGCUGUCUUCUGGUCCCUGCUUUGUGUUGCAUAUUUCAUUUAAAUCCAAUGUUGUUAGCAUCUUCCUCCAUCUGUCUGUUGUGCCAGGUCAUUUUGCAUUCAAAGAGUGCCUUUGAACUGUCCAAAACUAUGCAAGCCUGUUUUGGAUAGCUCUAAAUGGUAAUGCAAGAUGGUUACUCUGUAAAGUGUGUGUAAAUAAGUAUUUUUUGUAUGUGUAAUUUUUUCUUAUGACAUACCACAACAAUUUUUAUUUCUUCUUGGGCUACUGGGUCAGACAGAACCACAGUGAAAUGUUUGUUUUUCUGGGUUUUUUUUUUUAAUUAUUAUUUUUAUGCAGAGCGCCACGGUAUACCUUGUAACAAAUGACACUGGACAAAUAUAUUUGUAUUUUUCAUACUGAGAUUCCUGUGUUACUUUGCAGUUGAGGGGGGAGGGGGCAGGUACUGAAAACCUGUUUUAUCAUUUUAUUUUGUAACUGAUCAAAGAGCAGCGUCCUAGAUUUCAAAGUAUUUAACAUGCUCAGUGUGAAAACUUACUGUCCUUUUUUUUUUUUUCUUCUACGUGCUACAAAAGAAGCAAGUCAUCCUGCUCUUGGUUCGAUGCAAGAAUUAAUUCAGUGGGGCAGUGUUAGUCUGGGGAAAGUGUUAGUGCCUGUACUUUGUAAAUUCCUAGAGGUGAAUUUGGUUUGCCCUUCUCGCCUCCAAGGUUUUGCAUCUCCAUUGUGUAAUCCUUCUGAGUGGCUUUAGUACUGUACAAAUAUUGAUGCAAAAAUUUCAUCAUUUUAGGACCUAGGAAGCUUCUAACUACAAAGUUUAAUGCAGUUAAUGCUGUCCCCACAGUCUGGGCACAAGAACUGCAGUAUUUGCUCUUCAGCUCGUAAGCGAGAUAGAGCUUUUCUGCUGCAUCACAAAUGAUUCAAAUAUAUGCUGUGAAAAUCUCUUUUCUACUGUAUCACCACUAUGGAACCUACUUCUAUAUGACUGGAACCUUCAAGUGAGUUUGAACUGCUGUAGCUUUUACCCUCCCCUGUAAUCCUGUGAUUUUUUGUUUUGUUUUGUUUUGAUACAUCAGAGUGUAUGGAUUAAUUGAGCUGAGAACCUGCCAAUGCUUGUAGCAAUAAGUGUUGCCUGCACCAGGACCUGUGUGUGUUUUGGAACUUCUUGUUGUUGAAGUCAAUGAAAAUAAAAGCGAAACUGAAAUUUA